UUUUUUGCCUGUUCUUAAAGCUCAGAGAGAGAGUAGCUUGAGAACACAUCUGUCCAAUGGAAAUCAUCGAGGCUUCUUCGUGUUCUGUGGCUCCAGGUGAUCGUGAUAGCCCCCGACAUUCUCAAUGGCUUCAGAAAACUCUAUCAGACAUGAACGAGAGAAUGAAAGCCAUGAUGACCGUUUUGGCAGAAGAUGGCGAUUCUUUAGAUAGAGUUGUCAGUCAUUACAAAAGAAGGCUGGAGCUUGUUCAAAUGCUAGAAGAGUUCAACAGAUCUUAUCGCUAUUUAGCUGAAACAUGUGACAGGUUGAGGUCUAAAUUCCUUGUCAAAGAUUCAGGGCCUGCACCUUUGUAUUCCACAAUUGACAGUAACAAGGAUACACCGAUAGAAAGCUCUGAUAAUUCUAACUUGGAGAUUUUAGAUUCCCAUCCUCAAUAUGUUGUUGAAGAUCCUGAGAUCAAAUGUGACAGCACUAACUUCGAUGUUGAAUACCUGGACAAACUAGUGGAUGACCUGAUGUUGACUGAAGAAUGCAAGAUGAAAUUAAAAGCGAAACGUGAAAUUGGAGAAAAUCAAAUGGAUAAGAAAGGCAGAGAUUUUUUCCGAGUAGAAAGUAUCAGUACGAAUAUGAAUGAUUAUGGCGAAGUUGAGGCUACUGCAAGAGACUUCUCAGAGGGUAGUGGUUACGAGUGGGACAAUACAUGGUGUGAACUCAAGUUUCAAAUCACAAACCUUAUGGAGGAAAAUCUGCGGCAGCAGGCCGAGUUAGCAAGGAGAAACAUUGAAAAGAAACUGGUAAUUGAUAAGCUCCGGCUACAGCUAGAACAUUUGAAGGCUGAGAACAGGUCCCUCCAGGGCUGCAUCAGCUGUUCAAAAGACGGAGAGAAGCGCAACUCAUUGCAGAGAAGAGGACUACUCUCGGGUAAGUUUUUUGGAGGAGGUUGUACAUGA